AUGAACCAGUUUUUUUAAGUAUGUUGGGUAAUAUAAAAAUACUAUCUGCUGCAACAGAAGAUUUUGAAGUGCAGGCAAAGUACAUCCAUUAUACAACAAACUGAUAAGAUAUAUCUAUCAAUUUGAUUUUUAAAGAUGUUAUACUUAUUAUUUCGUCAUUCAACGCCACACUGGAAUACUCGUACAUUGCUUAUAACCAUUAGUAUAGAUUUGUAUCUCUCCCUAGUGAUAAUGUAUUCCUUACGCGUUGUUUUCUGUAUUCUCUUCUACUGGAGCACCACAGUGGAAUCAGCCCGGAUUCUUGCCAUCGUGCCAACCACCUCCUACAGCCAUCAAGUUUUCUACAGACCCCUGUGGAUUGAGCUAGCCAAUCGUGGCCAUGAAGUCCUUUUGGUUACAACGGAUCCCAUCAAUAAUUCUAGUAUAACUAAUCUGAAAGAAAUUGAUUUGAGUGAAGCAUAUAGUAGCUGGAAUGCAAGCGUAAUGGAAAUGGUAAAACUGAACGAUGAUAAGGUCGGUGCCAUUAAACUAAUGCUUAAUACUCUAUACGACAUUUCUCGGAUUGAGCUCUCAAACCCUGAGCUGCAGAAGUUAUAUCACAGCACAGACGAACAUUUUGAUUUGUUGUUUGUUGAAUAUCUGCUCCCAACCAUGAAUAUCUUCAAGUAUAAAUUUGAUGUGCCUUUCAUAGGAGUGUCUUCAUUGGAUGCCACUGUAUAUGGUCAUUCCUGUGUAGGAAAUCCAAUUCAUUCUGUGUUGUAUCCCAAUUACAUGCUUGGAUUUGGCGAUAAAUUGAACUUUUUUGAAAGAUUGAUGGCUGUUUUCUUCGAUAAUUACAUGUAUUUAUUUGGGUAUUUUACAAUGAUACCUACACUGGAUGCAAUUGUGAGGGAUACAAUGGGAGAAGGUAUUCCAAGUUUAGCGACAAUUGGUCUAGAUGUGGAUAUGAUAUUUGCGAAUGCAAAUCCGUUAUUCAAUCCGAUUAGGCCUUAUACACCUGCAACUAUAUCCAUUGGUGGGGGUUUUCAUGAAGUACCAGUGAAACCACUUCCAGAGGAUCUUAAAGCAUUCAUGGACAAUGCCAAAGAAGGUGUGAUUUAUUUCAGUCUCGGUUCCAAUGUGAAAUCAAGAGAAAUAUCUCCUAAAACCAGGGAGAUUAUAAUGCAAACCUUUGCGCAACUUCCUUACAAAAUCCUUUGGAAGUUUGAAGAUGAUACUCUUCCAGGAAAACCUGAUAAUGUAAUGAUUAAAAAAUGGAUGCCUCAACAGGACAUUCUCAGACACAAAAAUACAUUGGUAUUUAUUACACAAUGUGGACUUCAAUCAUUAGAAGAAGCUUUAUUUGCUAGAGUGCCUCUGGUAGCAAUGCCAUUUUUUGCGGAUCAAGAAACCAAUGCGCGGCAUGUUGUUUCAAAAGGUUUGGGUUUGCAGUUAGACCACAAAACUUUAACCACUGAGCAAUUCAAAGAAGCAGUUUUGGAAGUCAUUAAAAAUGAUAAGUACCGUAAUAAGGUGCAGGAGUUGGCGGAUUUGGUACAGGAUCAACCCAUGAAGCCAUUGGAAAGUGCUGUUUGGUGGACAGAAUAUGUUUUGAGGCAUAAAGGGGCUAAACAUUUGCAUGGACCAAAGAUACCUUUCUAUCAGCAGUAUUAUUUUGAUGUUUUGGGAUUUCUGGGUGCCCUUAUUGCAAUUUUACUAAGUUUAAUCUAUUUUAUUUGCAAGAAAUGCUAUAGUUUUAUUUGUGGGAUGGUGUGUUGCAAGAAAACUAAAACUGUUAAGCAUAAAAUGCAUAAGAAGAAUAAUUAACGCGUUAAAUUGAGAUUAUUACAUGUUUUUUUUGUUUGUAGUUGAUUAACAUAGUUAAAAAAUUAAAUUCAAAGUUUUUUUUGUAAUAAUAUAAACGAAUUAGUUGUGAUUAA